AAGGGAAAAAUAGGUGAGUGAAUUGAGUUGGGAGGCACUGGAUAGUCAUGUAGUAGAAAACAGAAUUUGAAUGUGACUAAGGAAGAGCAGCGACCAGUGGAAAGGUGCAAAGAUAAUUUGGUGGCAUGAAGAAGGUUGGGUCCCAUAUGUUUGGAAGGGCCUAGGUUGUGCAUUCAAAAGAAGGAGGUUGAUGGCUGUUAAGUCAAGUAGCACAAGUAAAAGAUACAGAGGACAGCAUGGCUGCCACUGCUGCUGUCAGUCCCAGUGAAUACUUGCAGCCUGCUGCUUCGACAGCUCAGGAUUCUCAGCCAUCUCCACUAGCCCUGCUUGCAGCCACAUGUAGCAAAAUCGGUCCUCCAGCUGUAGAAGCAGCAGUUGCCUCUCCUGCCCCUCCUCAGCCUGCUCCUCGGAAACUGGUGCCCAUCAAGCCUGCUCCCCUCCCGCUGAGCUCCAGCAAGAACAGCAUUGGGAUUUUGUCAUCCAAAGGGAACCUCUUCCAAAUCCAGGGGUCUCAGCUCGGGACAUCCUAUCCCGGCGGGCAGUUGGUGUUCACUAUCCAGAACCCAACUGUGAUCAACAAAGGGGCCCGCUCACCUGCCAACAUCCAGUACCAGGCAGUUCCGCAGAUCCAGACGGCAUCAGGGCAGACCAUUCAAGUACAGCAGAACUUGGGCAACCAGAUACAGAUUAUUCCCAGUACCAUCACCCCUUCUUCCUCUUCCUCGUCAGCAUCCUCCUCCUCCUCCUCAACAACUCAUAAGCCUGUGCCAAUCAAGCCAGCACCCGCUCAUAAGACACCACCAACAGCUGUCCAUAACGCGAGCAACGUGGUCAAGUUAACUGGCACCGGCGGCAACGUCACUCUUACCCUGCCAGUGAGCAACCUGGUGAGUGCCGGGGACACCAGUGCUCAAACUCAAAUCGUCCCAGACAGCCCCUCCAAACCGAGCAAAAAGGCCCGGAAGAAAGUGGUAUCCUCACCCCAGGCAGCUGCAAUGGCUGUGACAGAGCAAGUGGAGACGGUCUUGAUAGAAACGACGGCCGACAACAUCAUCCAAGCAGGGAACAACCUGUUGAUUGUGCAGAGCCCGGGAUCUGGGCAGCCAGCGAUGGUCCAACAGGUGCAAGUGGUCCAACCCAAACAGGAGCAGCAGGUGGUUCAGAUUCCACAGCAGGCUCUGCGCGUGGUCCAGGCAGCCUCCGCCACUCUCCCAACCGUUCCUCAGAAGUCCCCGCAGAACUUCCAGAUCCAGACAACUGAGCCAAUUCCCACUCAGGUCUAUUUCAAGACACCUUCCGGUGAGCUGCAGACAGUGCUUCUGCAGGAAGCCCCAGGUGUAACUGUGGCACCUUCUUCCACUGCCUCCUCUGCCACUUCCUGCAGCAGUCCUGCACCCCGCAGCUCCCAGACAGGAGGAAGUACCAAAAAGACCGGGGCUCGCAAAGAGCGCGCCCUGCCAAAGAUCGCCCCUGCCGGAGGCAUCAUCAGUCUCAAUGCCGCUCAGCUUGCUGCUGCUGCUCAGGCAAUGCAGACCAUCAGCAUCAAUGGGGUGCAAGUUCAAGGCGUUCCUGUCACCAUCACCAACACAGGAGGCCAGCAACAGCUGACGGUGCAGAACGUCUCUGGCAACAACCUGACCAUCAGUGGACUGAGCCCCACCCAGAUUCAGCUGCAGAUGGAGCAAGCACUCCUGGGGGACCUACAGCCCGGGGAGAAGAGACGGCGGAUGGCUUGCACUUGCCCCAAUUGCAAGGAUGGGGAAAAGAGGCUGGGGGAUCAGGGGAAGAAGAGGCACAUCUGCCAUGUGCCUGAAUGUGGCAAGACCUUCCGCAAGACCUCCCUGCUCCGGGCCCACGUGCGCCUGCACACAGGCGAGCGCCCUUUCGUCUGCAACUGGGUCUUUUGUGGGAAGCGAUUCACACGUAGUGACGAGCUACAGCGGCAUGCCCGGACGCAUACAGGCGACAAGCGUUUUGAGUGUGCCCAGUGCCAAAAGCGCUUCAUUCGAAGCGACCAUCUGACAAAGCACUAUAAAACUCACCUGGUCACCAAGAACUUGUAGGGCUGGGUGCAAUUGGAAAAGGAAAGGGAGCAGUGUGGGUGCCAGCGACCCUUUGCCAUGAAGGAUGGUCUCUGCGAAAGGACAGCGAAAUGCCCAAGCAACCCUCCUGACUGGGACAACAUCUGCACAAAGAAGGGAGUUAACAGCCGCUGUUCUUUCCAUCGGAUGACCUCCGCCUCCUUGCACACUCUGUCAAGGUGCAUCAGACACUGUGGUUUCAGUCUGGGAUGAAGGAGAAACAACAUCGCUUCCAAGUGAAUUGGCUAAAAAUCAGCACAAAGCCCAGUAGCGGGCAGCGAAAAGAUGGGGGCGGGGUGGGGGAGGGGGGAACAAAGCAAAGUGCAUCCACCCAGUGGCCUGAGGAGCCCACCAAGCGAAUGCCCUGCUCCGCUGCACCAAAGGGCCUCCUUGUGUGUUUGAUAGUAGCACCAGCGAAACUAUACCCCACUUGUAAUCUUGAUUCCCUCUUCCCGCCCACCUCUAUGUGCUUGUGAAGCUUUUGAAUGGUGGGCAGGGAAGCUGCCCAAAAUGGGACUCUCUCUGCACCCCCAGCACAUUCCUACUUUAUAUUUAAAAUUAUAAAUAUAUAUAAAUAUAUAUAUCUAUAUAUAUUAA